AAAUAUUCGGGCACGGAAAAGACGAAAACACAAGCAAGCAAGCGCGUCCGUGUCCCCUCUCCGAUCAAAUCCACAUCGGAGCAACCACCGAAAGCCACGCGAUUCCUACCCGUCCGGCCGCCGCCAUCAACGCCGCCGGUGGGAGGUGCCUGUCGACGCCGACGCUGGUGGCGCCCCGGCCCUGCUUGGGUCCGGAGCGCCCUUCCCUCCCUCCUCGUGCGUCUGUUUUCCACGGCGGUUGGGUCACGUCAAAAGUCUAAUCUUUUAUCUGCCUCCCGUCGCUCUGACGCCGCCUUUUCUUGACUAAUCGGCGGCGGAAUUAGCCGACUGGGGUUGGGCUGCCUUGUCUUCUUCCUUCCGAUCGGUACUGGCCCGGUGGUUGAUACCUUCUAUUCUCUUCCCUUGUUUGCUGCUCGAAAGGGCGCAUUCCCCCCUUGGUUCUUGGUUUGUUGAAGGUUGUCACCUUCCUCUUGUUGGCGUUGAUUUUUUUCUCCGGUGAGCGCGUCGUCAACUCGACGACUCAGUGCUCGGCUGGUGGAGAGAUUUGACUUAUUGGCGAGUCGGCAUUGGUCGCCAUGGGCGGCGUGUGCUCGGCGGGGAUCGCCGGGGACAAGUCGCCGACGGAGCUCUCGUUCCGGGCAAUGGGGUUCGUGGUGGAGCAGGAGUUCAGGGCCUUCUCGGCUUCCGGUAAGAACAGGACGGCGCCCGUCGAGGAGGCGGCAGAGCCUGAGCUGGUGAGCGAUCAGUGGUCUCGUCUCUCUGAGAAGGGUUCGCCGCCGCCGUCCACGGGCAACAAGGCUCGUCACUCCUCGAAGGAGCCGCCGCAUUUGAUGCGUGCCGAGUCGGGGAAGUCUAAGGCCGGAAAACCCAGGAGAAGCACCUCCAGCAAGGCUGGUCCGAGCAAGGUUUCAGAUAUAGGCUUAGCACUAGGUAGAAAGAGUACCUCUGGACUUGGGAAAGCAGUGGAGGUUCUCGAUAAUCUGAGUAGCAGCAUGUCAAGUUUGAGCCCUGGCGGGGGGUUCGUGUCAGCACCAACAACAAAGGGGAACAAAAUCUCAAUCCUUGCAUUUGAGGUUGCAAACACAAUAGUGAAGGGCAUGAGCCUCAUGCAGUCUUUGUCAAAAGAAAGCUUGAAGUAUUUGAAAGACACUGUCCUUCUAUCAGAAGGUGUACAACGUUUAGUUUCAAGCGACAUGGAUGAUCUGAUGAGGAUCGCUGCAGCUGACAAGAGGCAAGAGCUGAGAGUAUUUUCACGAGAAGUCAUAAGAUUUGGGAAUCGUUGCAAAGAUCCUCAGUGGCACAACCUAGAUCGUUAUUUCUCCAAGCUAGAGUCAGAAAUUACACCCCAACCAGAAUUAAAAGAAAUGGCAAAAGCAGAUAUGCAGCGACUGAUGACCCUUGUUCGAUACACUGGUGAUCUCUACCAUGAAUUACAUGCCUUGGAUAGGUUUGAGCAAGAUUAUCGCCGUAAAUUGGAGGAAGAGAAAAGAUCAGUUACAUUUGAAAGAGGGGACACUGUUCAGAUUAUCAGACAAGAACUGAAGAGCCAGAGGAAGCAUGUACAUAGUUUGAAGAAAAAGUCUCUUUGGUCUAAGAUUCUUGACGAUGUCAUGGAGAAGCUUGUAGAUAUUGUCCACUUCUUACAUGUUGAGAUUCAAGAUACUUUUGGGCAUUGUGAUGGCGAGUCAAAUGAAUCCCAAGAGAGCCGUCAAACGUUAGGCUCUGCUGGCCUCUCUCUUCACUAUGCUAAUAUCAUUUCUCAGAUUGACAACAUUGUUUCCCGAAGCUCUGUCCCCCCUCAAAGUACAAGAGAUGCACUCUAUCAAGCUCUGCCUCCAAAUGUCAAGUCAGCUCUUCGAACAAGAUUGCUAACUUCCUCAGAAUCUGAAGAGGUUCCAAUCACUCAAAUCAGAUGUUCAAUGGAGAAGACGUUGCAGUGGAUUGUCCCAAUUGCUAAUAGUACGGCUAGGGCACACCAUGGAUUCGGAUGGGUUGGUGAGUGGGCAAACACGGGGAACGAUCUGUCACGAAAACAGCCUGGCCAGCCCGACGUACUGAAGAUCGAGACCCUCUUUCACGCAGACAAGGCGAAGACAGACGCAUGCAUUCUGGACCUGGUGGUGUGGCUGCACCAUCUCAUCAGCUACAGCAGGCCAAACAAGGGAGGCAGGUCACCGAGCCGAUCCCCCGUCCGUUCCCCAGCGCAGUCGAGCCACGCGGCCCCACGAUCGCCUGUCUCAGCCGCAGCGUCCAGGGGGGCUGCUGGUCUCACCCGAGAAGACCGCGAGAUGCUGCUGGACGUGUACACACGGCGACGCAACCCCGGGAAGAGCAAGAGCCAGGAGCUGUCGACGGCAGCACGCGGAGGUGGCAGGUCUGCGCUGAGCAGGAACGACAGGCUGAGCAAGAGCAGCAGCAGCCACUGCCCGUCGCGGGAGCAAGGCGGCAGGGUGUUCCCCCUGACGCCGAGCAGGUCGCCCGCCGUGUCGCCGGUUGUUCACUUCGACAUCGACCGGAUCAAGGCGCUGGACGUGGACGCGAUGGACAAAACCGAUGUUCAGAAGCAGCCGUGAGAAUGUGAGAUGUUCGGACACCUACUCUGGUCACUGUGAGUUUUUUUGGUUCAACGCAGUGAAAAUAAACUGAGCAUCGUGGAGGAUUCAGAGCACCGUGGAAGAUUCAGAGGUUCAGGUGUUCUCGCGGCGGCGCAGGCAGCUCAAGGUGGUGUAAUGUAAGCAUGGCGAUGGGAUUGGAUGUCCGUGUAGUGGAAGGUGUGAGUGGCCUGUCAGUGUGAACUGUGGUGGAAGAGGAUGGAGAGGUUAGGCCAAGUUUAGGUAUAUUGGAAACCGUGAUCUCGUGAGUGAUCGUGUUGAUUAGUAGUAGGAGAUUGUAGCAUACAUAACGCCUGCAGAAAUUCUGCAAGCACAUACAUAGGCAGGUUAUUAUCUUCUUUUUCUUUUUCACUAUUGGCCGUCAAUCUGUUGUGUGGUCAGUUUGUGUACAUGAACCGUGCCAAUCGUGCAGAAUUCUCGUGUGUGUAACCUGUAAGUUGCAACUGUAUAUACGUACACCCGCGAAUUGUGGAAUAUUGAGAGUGCAGUAGGCA